UUUAUUUUAUUAGCAGAACAAUUUUAAGAGUACAACCAUGAUAAACAAUGCUUCACUUUGAAGCAGGACAAGAAACCCAAUUGCUGAAAAAGUGAACCUAUCCAAAUUUCAACAGUUGGACUUUCACCUUAUAUAGACAUCAUUUGUCUCUCUAGCACUUCACAAAGCAAGUUCUAGUCUGCUUCAUUUUCCAACAAUGGAGUUGUUAGGGAUGAGUCCAAUGAGAACUCAAGUGACCAGGAUAGCCACAGUUCUUGUUUUAGUGGCACUAAACUUGGGUCUAAGAGGAGCUGCUGAGGCCAGGAAAGGAAGGAUACUGGAUUCCUUUGAGUACACAGCUAUAAGUUGCAGAGGACACACUGCAUCAAUAACAGAUUUUGGAGGAGUUGGUGACGGGAAAAUAUCAAAUACUAAAGCAUUUCAGGAUGCAGUUAAUAAUCUGAGCCACUAUGCAUCUGAUGGCGGGGCUCAGCUAUAUGUUCCUGCAGGACAAUGGCUGACUGGGAGCUUUAGCCUCACCAGCCAUUUCACUCUCUAUAUUCACAAAGAUGCUGUUCUUCUUGCUUCUCAGGAUAUGAACGAAUGGCCUGUUUUGAAGCCUUUACCAUCGUAUGGUCGAGGAAGGGAUGCAGCUGCUGGAAGGUUUACCAGCUUCAUAUUUGGAACUAAUCUCACUGACGUCAUUGUUACAGGGGACAAUGGUACAAUCGACGGUCAAGGUGCAUUCUGGUGGCAAAAUUUCCACAAGGGCAAAUUGAAAUACACCCGACCUUACAUGAUCGAAUUCAUGUUCUCGGAUAAUAUUCAAAUUUCCAAUGUAACGCUUCUCAAUUCCCCAUCAUGGAAUGUUCAUCCAGUAUAUAGCAGUAAUAUUCUUGUACAAGGCAUCACUAUCAUCGCUCCUAUCACAUCUCCAAACACGGAUGGCAUCAAUCCAGAUUCUUGCACAAAUGUUAGAAUUGAGGACAGCUACAUAGUUUCAGGGGAUGACUGUAUAGCAGUGAAGAGUGGUUGGGAUGAAUAUGGAAUUUCAUUUGGAAUGCCCACCAAACAAUUAGUCAUCAGGAGGCUGUCAUGCAUUUCUCCAUACAGCGCAGCCAUUGCGUUGGGAAGCGAGAUGUCAGGUGGAAUCCAGGAUGUGAGAGCAGAAGACAUCACUGCAGUCCAUACAGAAUCUGGGGUCAGGAUCAAGACUGCUAGAGGAAGAGGUGGAUUCGUUAAAGACAUAUACGUGAAAAGAAUGACUCUGCAUACCAUGAAAUGGGUGUUUUGGAUGACAGGAAACUAUAAAGCACAUGCUGAUAAUCACUAUGAUCCCAAUGCAUUGCCGGUGAUUCAGGGGAUCAAUUAUAGAGACAUUGUAGCAGAUAAUGUGUCAAUGGCGGCCAGACUGGAAGGAAUUGAAGGCGAUCCAUUUACCCAAAUCUGCAUCUCCAAUGCCACAAUUGGAAUGGCAGCAAAGGCUAAGAAGGUCCAAUGGACUUGCACUGACGUUGAGGGGAUCACAAGUGGAGUAAGUCCUCGGCCAUGUGACCUAUUACCCGAUCAAGGGCCGGAGAAACUCAGAGAGUGCGACUUUCCGGCAGAGCAAUUGUCCAUUGAUAAGGUGGUGCUCAAAAGUUGCACUUAUAGGGUGAAUUAUUAGUGACUGAUACUAGCAAAGUAA